GUUGCCGUACAUGUACAUGUAGUAAAUAAAGGUAUUAUUAUAUAUCUUGUUUCUCCCUCUGGUAGACCUGGUGACGAUGGCUGCUGGUGCCUGGGAAAGGAGGCAGGUGUCGCCAGACUACUUCGUGUUGACGCCACCAGCCUACACACUCUUCAUAGGCUCAGGACUGGUGCUGAUGGCCCUGACUUGGCAGUGUCCGGAAGUGUUUGAUCGGCCGUGGCUUGGGUUGUUCGGUCAGUUCCUCCUCUGGUUGGGUACCCAACACAAUACCUUCGUCAGAUUUCUGUUCGUGCCAGUGAUGGUGAUCCACGUGUUGGAGGUGAUGUAUGCAGCUUACCUGUGUUGUGUCAGCCUUCAUCUCCACCCCUCCACCACUCUCCGCUGGCUCCUACAGAUCCUGGUAGUGGGCAUCCUGUCCCUCAGCUUCCUCAUCUGGCCUCAUAGAGAUACCCACACCACCAAUAGGGUUCUCAGAGAUACUCACGACAUCACCACCAUGGGUACCAAAAGAGAAUAAAGAACGAUAUGUGGGCAUCCUCUCUCUCUCUCUCACAACACCACUCACAACAACACUGCCUUCAAGAGAGAGCUGGACAGAUACCUAAAGUCAGUGCCGGAUCAGCCGGGCUGUGGCUCGUACGUUGGACUGCGUGCGGACAGCAGUAACAGCCUGGUUGAUCAGGCCCUGAUCCAUCGGGAGGCCUGGUCAUGGACCGGGCCGCGAGGGCGUUGAUCCUCGGAAUAACCUCCAGGUAACCAGGGUACUCACAGAUACCCACAACAUCACCAGGUACUCACAGAUACCCACAACACCACCAGGGUACUCACAGAUACCCACAACAUCACCAGGUACUCACAGAUACCCACAACACCACCAGGGUACUCACAGAUACCCACAAUACCUCCAGGGCACUCACAGAUACUCACAACACCACCAGGGUACUCACAGAUACCCACAAUACCACCAGGGUACUCACAGAUACCUACAACACCACCAGGAUACUCACAAAUACCCACAAUACCUCCAGGGUACUCACAGAUACUCACAACACCACGAGGGUACUCACAGAUACCCACAACACCACCAGGGUACUCACAGAUACCCACAACACCACCAGGGUACUCACAGAUACCCACAACACCACCAGUGUACUCACAGAUACUCACAGCUCCACAAGGAAUAACAAAACAGAAUAGGGGACGAUGUGUGAGCAUCCUGUUUCUUAGUGACCUGAUGUGCCUUUAGUCAAGUCGAUCAUGGCAUCUCCCAAACGAGGUAACUAGGCGAAAAUCCUGCAGGUCCUGCUGCACAAACUGGCCGCUAGAAGGUUGAACCCGAUACAACGAGGACAUCUUGAUAAUAAUAAUAAUAAUAAUAAUAAUAAUAAUAAUAAUAAUAAUAAUAAUAAUAAUAAUAAUAAUAAUAAUAAUAAUAAUAAUAAUAAUCUUUAUUAUGAUACAACUUAUACAGACUAUAGCUGACACCAAUCACAUACUAUAUAGAAAGUUCCUGGUUAUGUAGAGCAUUUCCCGCAACUUAGAUUAAUUUUGUCCCCCAGGAUGCUACCCACACUAAAAUGGAGGAAUAUGGCAAAUAAUAUUGUUGCAGUAAUAACACCAGGAGGCAGCUCUGAUGAAAACUCACACUCACACGAGCUUUUAAAUCUCUGCACAAAAUUCAAUUUAAACCAGCAAAUAAUAGAGCCUACUAGACUGGAGAAUACACUAGACCUCAUCUUCACUAACAAUGAUGAUCUGAUAAGAAAUGUCACCAUAUCAAAAACAAUAUACUCAGAUCACAACAUAAUUGAGGUUCAGACAUGUAUGCGUGGAGCCCCAAACCGACAUAAUGAGACUAGUCACGAGGGAGCAUUCACAAAAAAAGGAGGAGUAGAUGUAAAAUAGAAAGAGACAGGCGCUCCCUUUACAGGUGACGGAAAAGAAUAACAGAGCGGCUAAAAGAGGUCAAUAUAUCUGAAAUGCGUAGGGAGACACUGGUCAGAGAAAUAGCAAGCAUCGAACUUAAGCUAAAGGAAUCUUAUAGGAGUCAGGAAUCGCGGGAAGAACUAAAAGCCAUAAAUGAAAUCGAAAGAAACCCAGAGUAUUUCUUCUCCUAUGCCAAAUCAAAGUCGAGAACAACGUCCAGUAUUGGGCCCCUACUUAAACAAGAUGGGUCCUACACAGAUGACAGCAAGGGAAUGAGUGAGCUACUCAAGUCCCAAUAUGACUCAAAAUGAAUUUUUUAUGAGAGAGCCAGAGAAUUUGGUUAACACAAGCCUAUCCGAUGUUAUCCUGACGCCAAAUGACUUCGAACAGGCGAUAAAUGACAUGCCCAUGCACUCUUCCCCAGGGCCAGACUCAUGGAACUCCGUGUUCAUCAAGAACUGCAAGAAGCCCUUAUCACGAGCCUUUUCCAUCCUAUGGAGAGGGAGCAUGGACACGGGGGUCGUCCCACAGUUACUAAAAACAACAGACAUAGCCCCACUCCACAAAGGGGGCAGUAAAGCAACAGCAAAG